CGUUCCCUCUCCACCAAAGCACCAAGUAGAACUGUCAGACAGGCAGGACGCGCGGCCCUGCAUGGCCCAACCCGUCACUACAUUCUGCUCUCCGAACAACCGCUUGGACUUUUGUUUUACACUUUUAACUUUUAAAGGGAAAUGAGGGAUUCUAGCGGCGUCGCGCACCCUCUGAUCACUAAACCGCGGGUUGCUAAGGUCUAUCUGUAUUUAUAUUACCAUUGCUGUUAUUUAAGGAGAAGGGUUGCAUGUUCCUAGGCGGGCUUCACUUCUCCACCGCUGGCGAGCCGGAGUCGGGGAGCACGAUGCUGGCCAGCCAGCUCACCUCCACCCCUUUCUCCGUCAAGGAUAUCCUCAAGAUGGAGCAGCAACAGCAGCAGCAGCAGCAACAACAACAAUCUCAGCAGCAGCAGCCGCCGCGACUACUUGAGCACCAGCAGCAGGCGCACCAGAGGUCACCACACAGUCAAAUAGGCCUGCAUCAUCAUCAUCACCAUCCACAACAGCAGCCCUUGCAACACUUCCGAGCCCCGCCGUCCUGCAUGCUGGUCGGGACGGCCCGGGACAGCCCUCCGUUCUCCGAGGGGGAGGAUAACCUCGCAUACCUCAGCGCGCUGGCAGCGCAAGAGGAGCCGGGGGACGCGAGCCUCUCCCCGGACAUCAUCUACGGCGGAGUCCCCGGCGCGCUGGGACUCCUCGCGGAGCCAAAGCUGGAGGCCGUGGACCCGGCCGAGAUCAAGAGCAGCGGCCAUGUGUCCCGGGAGGAGGCAGGGGAAGGCGGCCACGGGGACUCAGAGCGCCCGGUGCAUAAGCAGAGAACCAGGCGGAAGCCUCGAGUGCUGUUCUCCCAGGCCCAGGUGUUCGAGCUGGAGCGACGCUUUAAGCAGCAGCGCUACUUGUCGGCCCCGGAGCGAGAGCACCUGGCCUCCAGCCUCAAACUCACCUCCACGCAGGUGAAGAUCUGGUUCCAGAACCGCCGCUACAAGUGCAAGCGUCAGCGGCAGGAUAAGUCCCUGGAGCUGGCCGGACAGUCGCACCACCAUCACGCUCCUCCUCCACCACCCAGAAGGGUCGCGGUGCCUGUCCUGGUACGGGAUGGAAAGCCGUGUCUAGGGGGCACACAGAGCUACAACGCCGCGUACGGGUCGAGCCCCUACAGCUAUAACGGGUAUCCGGCGUACACGUACAACAAUCCCGCCUACAGCAGUGGCAACAACAACUACAGCUGCACGUACACGAGCCUCCCCACGCUGCCCCCCACCAACACCACCAGCGGGGCGGCCUUCAUGAACAUGAACCUGGGGGGCCUCGGUGGCCCCCAGACCCAACAACACCAGGGGCCAGUCACCCCCUGCCAGGGCUCGUUGCAGGGGAUUCGGGCUUGGUAGGGUACAUCCCCGCACCCCCCCCCCCCCCCCCUCUUUGGACGUUUUGUAUUGACUUAAACCCAUGGAGGUUUUAUGAACAUCCAACUGCAAGCCUUGCGGUGCCGGUGCGUAAAGGUUCUUCUACGGAUCGAAUGUAUACUCACCGACAAAUACGCUAUGUCAUGCUACAAAGUAUUGGUUAGAUUGGUAGGCAUGCUAUUGCCAAGACAGUAUGAAUCACAGCGAACACUGUGAUACAAUUGAGUAGACAUUUCAGCAGUUUGGUCGAAAAUAUUCAUGAAUUAACCACACACAGGACGAGUUCAGCAGCACGCAUUGGUUUGCGACAGUAUUUCAGUUUGUGUGACCAUGUAUUUGUAUGAAUUAUUUUAAAGAAGCCAGGGAAUUAGAGGCUUUUGACUUGAGUGGAAUUACUUUGAAAUGUUUUGGGUUAAAGGGAGAUGUGUGUCUCCUCCGCAACUAUUCCAAUAAACACAAGAUGGAAGGAAGUGCUCUCUUUGUUCUAUUUUAAUGCGAAACGGCAUUUAUAUAGAUGUUACUUAGAAACAUGUUGAUGUGGUUGUCUGCUGCUAUGAGAGUAUCCUAUAUGAACAAUUCUAAACACCAUUUUCCUUUUAAGCAUAGUGUGUAGGCCUACUUGCAAGGUUAAACAUGUUUGUACGCUGAUGGAAAGAUAGUUUGAGUUGACUAUUCCAACACAUUCAAACCUCCCUUACUAAUUCCUUAAAUGAAACAUGUGUAUUUUCGAGUGCAGCUUGAGAGGCCAGUCUUUGAGGGGCCCGGCCAGGCAAUACUCGUGAUAAUAGCCCUGGUGCCUGCAGUGUGAAAGGAGGAAAUGGUUCUCUAUUUGAGGGCCUUUAAGGACGCGAUUAGGCACCUAAAAUACCCCUAAAAAGGAGCUGGCGCAGGACUGCAGAGCGGGAAUAAUGGUUUAUUGGAUUCACGGACAAAAGGUGUGUGGUGGGCAGACUUGGGCUCUCAGGAAAGACAAAGGCGCACAAGAGGCGAGAG